UUCUGGAUGAAGGAGAAGGAACAUGGUCUUGAAGUAUUAGCCGCUGUGCGUCUUCAUAGUCCACCUGCUCUCUUCAUCUCUGCUCCUGUGCUGGGGGAUGGAUUACAGGCUGAGCUAACUCUACUGUCCGGUUGGACUCUCUCGCGGGGACUAGGGAGUGGUAUCUGAAGCAGCAAGCUGGACCACUGGGAAGCUCUUCCAAUAGAUUUUUCUCUUUAAAAACCUAGAAAGCUUGUAGCUUUCAGCGUGGUAGAUUAACCUCACCUUUAUUUUUUUUUAUUAGUAGGGACGCUUCAAUCAUGGCUUUAAUGAAAAUCAAAUUCGAUCUGAAAAAGCGAGUGAAGCUCGCCCAGUUUGUCUGGUUCCUGUACUGGUUCUCUGUCAUGGCAGGAGUGCUGGUCCUGAGCAUGGGUCUUUUCUUCAAGAUCGAGCUGCGUAAGCGCUCAGAACUCAUGGACAACAAUGAGAGCCACUUUCUGCCCAACCUGCUGAUAUUUGUGGGCUUCAUAGCCUGCGGCAUCAACGCCUUCGGGGGCAAGGUGUGCUACGACUCCUUGGACCCUACUAAGUUCGCAAAAUGGCAACCCAUGUUGAAGCCCUUCCUGAUGUCCUGUGUGGGCUUCAACGUGCUGCUGUUUCUGACAGCACUCUUGUGCUUCGUGAUGAGAAUCCCCCUGCAGUUCACCUUGGCGGAGGGCCUGAAGAACGGCAUGAAGUUCUACAAGGACACCGACACACCUGGAAGAUGCUACAUGAAGAGGACCCUGGACCUGAUGCAGAUCGAGUUCCGUUGCUGUGGAAACAACAACUACCGUGACUGGUUUGAGAUUCAGUGGGUCAGCAACCGCUACCUGGACUUCAGUGCAAAAGCAGUGAAAGACCGCAUCGGUAGCAACGUGGACGGCCAGUACCUGAUGGACGGGGUCCCCUUCAGCUGCUGCAACCCCAGCUCCCCCAGGCCCUGCAUUCAGGGCCAGAUGACCAACAACUCGGCCCACUACAGCUACGACCACUACACGGAGGACCUGAAUGUGUGGAAGCGGGGCUGCCGCGAGGCCAUGCUGUCGUACUACGGGGGUCUGAUGAACACUAUCGGGGCAUUGGUUCUGCUCGUCACCAUCCUCGAGGUGGCUGUGAUGAUCGGCCUGCAGUACGUCAACACCUCCCUCUCCACCCUGGCCAACCCGGAGGAUCCGGAGAGCGAGAGCGAGGGCUGGAUUCUAGAGAAGACCAUGAAGGAGACAUUCACUGACAUCAUGGCUACCAUGAAGGCCAUGGGCAAAGCCAAUCAGGUGGAUGAAGGCGCCGAGGCAGGUGUCGCCACGGUGAGCUGAGCCAGCCCCUCCCACAUAAACUGAGAUCAAAUCCCUCCAACCGGGGUGAUUUAAGAGGGGCGGUGCGAAAUGGAUCACAUGUCUUUUUUCGGACCAAAAUUUUACAGUUAACACAACACAAAACUCACACACACAGGUUUGGUUUUCAGGCGGACCAAAAAAACAACACGAAAUGGACAUCACUACGGUUACCUCCCCCUCCCGCCAUAGCAUGCUAAACAUUUAAUCUCCCAUUCCAUACCCCACCCCCAGACACCCUGUAGUGAGUAUUGUAUCACUGAAUGAUGCAAUGCAACAUGUUUUAAAAAAACAUUUUUACGUUUCAUUUUUGUCAUUGUCUUCUAAAGAUCAGUUGAAAGGGAACGUAAUGAGCGUGGGGAUGGUGGUUGCUAUGCAAUCCCCCCCCGCCCCCUUGUCCCGCCAUGAAACCAGGGUACAACUCAGUUAAGAAACAAAGUCCAAUAGCCCAAGAAACUAACAUGAUUGAUCAACGACUGUCUUUAAAUCUAUAAUUUUUGAGAGAAAUGUAGUAGAUUACAUAGACAAACAUCCCUUCAAUCCAAUGGAGACUGGAUUUGCGCCUGUGACGGAGUAGAAUUACGUUGUUUGUUUGUGUAAUGGGGAGGUUGUUUCCAUCGUUGUUAUAACCGUCCAGUCAGGAUGCGUGAGAGCAUAUCCAAGGGCAGGGCUGGAGGGCCUAGCCGGGGCCAGAGAGAAGGUCAGGAAUUUAUAAGAAGUGCGGCAGGACGACUGUAGAAGUCUCUAGAAUUAGCGGAGGACGAUCGAGAUGGGCAGCUAAGUCUUGCUUCCUCACCCUCACACCAUGAACUCAGAUCCUAUCAAUUCAUCACCCUUUUGCAUGUUUUCAGCAGCCUCUGUAUGUUCCAUCCUUGUACACACAUUUCUUCCUACAACCGAGUUGCUGUCUUGUAAAUAGUGUAGAAAUUAAGAUUUUU